AUGUGUAAGGCACUUUGGUUAUCACAAAACAAAGCUGGUGUUUUAAGACAAGAAAUCCACAAGUCCUUCAACAGUAUCAUUGACAACGACAAGGAUGUGGGUUCAAUUCACAGGCCACCUAUGCUUGAUGGGACAAACUAUGACUACUGGAAGGCUCGCAUGGUUGCAUUUCUCAGAUCUAUUGAUGAUGGACUCAUUGCUCAAAGGGUGAUUCAUACGUGCAUUGUUGCUAAGGAUGCUUGGGAGAUUCUCAAGGUUUCUCAUGAAGGUACAACUAGAGUUCGCAUGUCAAGACUUCAACUGCCAACCACUCAGUUUGAAAAUCUUAAGAUGAAGGAGGAAGAAACAAUCUCUGGGUUUCACAUGCGUAUACGUGAUAUUACUAAUGCUUCUUUUGCUCUGGGAGAACCUAUGUCAGAUGAGAAGCUUGUCAGAAAAAUUCUCAGGUCAUUGCCCAACAAAUUUGACAUGAUAGUUACUGCCAUAGAUGAAGCACAGGAUAUCAGUAGCAUCAAAGUGGAUGAACUUAUUGGAUCACUACAAACUUUUGAAAUGUCUCUGAAUGAUAGGCCAGAGAAAAAGAACAAGAGCAUUGCUUUUGUGUCAAAUAUGGAUGAAGAUCAAAGUGACAAAGAUCCAGAUGAAAAUUUGUCAGAAGACAUAGCCUUGCUUGGUAGGAAGUUCAACAAGGUCAUGAGAAAGUUUGACAGAAAAGCCAGACCAAAUGUCGCAGACAAAAGGCCAGACAUCAUCAAGAACUCAGGGAAUGCACUGAAGAACAAGGAAGAAGACAAAUCUAACAAAGCAAAAGGAGUGCAAUGUCAUGAGUGUGAAGGGUAUGGCCACAUUAGAUUUGAAUGUGCUACUUUUCUAAAGAAGCAAGAAAAAGGAAUGGUGGCUACCUGGUUUGAUGAUGACUCAGAAGAUGAAGGUGAAAAUCCUGUAAUGGGAUUAACGGUGAAGUGUAACUCAGAGGUAGAUUCCAGUGAUAAGGAUGUCUCAGGAGGAGAACUAGCUGAAAACUAUGAGGACUUACUGAAAAAGUGGCAUGAAGCUUGUGACCUUGGUAAGAAGCUGAGUAGUACUGUGAAGAAACUACGUAAAGAAAAGCAAGAUCUUCUCAGUAUCAAUGAUAAUCUUCAGGAGGAGGUGUCUGUUCUGAAAUAA